AUGUCGAAGGGCGCGGACAGCGGCGCCGUCCUCGCGGAGAUCGCGCAGCUCAGGCGGCUCCUUGCGGAGAAGGAGGCGCUGGUCGCCGCCACCGCCGACGCGGGCGCCGUCGCCAAGCGGGCCAAGAAGAAGAGUCAGCAGGCGAUGGUGGAGACGGAGCCUGUGCAGGGUUGCCGCGACUUCCCCCCCGAGGCGAUGCGGAGGCGCAACCACCUGUUUGACGUCUUCCACGCCACCGCGAGGAGGUUCGGCUUUGAGGAGUACGACGCACCGGUGCUGGAGUCCGAGGAGCUGUACAUCCGCAAGGCCGGCGAGGAGAUCACCGAGCAAAUGUUCAACUUCGUUACGAAAGGCGGGCACCGGGUGACGCUGCGGCCCGAGAUGACGCCGUCGCUGGCUCGUCUGCUGCUCGCGAAGGGGCGCUCGCUGCUGCUGCCGGCGAAGUGGUACUCCAUCCCACAGUGUUGGCGCUACGAGGCCAUCACGCGUGGCCGCCGUCGCGAGCACUACCAGUGGAACAUGGACAUCGUUGGGGUGAAGUCGGUGGCGGCGGAGGUGGAGUUGGUGUCCGCGGCGUGUUCCGCGAUGCAGAGCUUCGGCCUCUCCUCCAAGGAGGUUGGCAUCAAGGUGAACUCCCGCAGGGUGCUGCAGACCGUGUUGGAGCAGGCUGGCGUGGCAGCGGACAAGUUCGCCCCGGUGUGCGUUAUCGUGGACAAGAUGGAGAAAAUUCCCCGGGAGGAGGCGGAGGCGCAGCUGGUUGAGCUUGGGCUUCAGCCCACCGUGGUGGACGCCAUCACCACGACGCUGAGCCUCAAGUCCGUGGACGAGAUUGCGCAGCGCAUUGGCGUGGAACACGAGGCUGUGAGGGAGCUGAGGGAGUUUUUUGAGCAAAUGGAGGCCUACGGCUACGGGGACUGGGUGCGCUUUGACGCGAGCGUGGUGCGUGGGCUGGCCUACUACACAGGCAUCGUCUUUGAGGGCUUUGACCAGGAGGGGAAGUUCCGCGCCCUCUGCGGCGGCGGCCGGUACGACGGCCUGCUGACAACCUACGGCAGCCCCACCCCGGUCCCGUGCGCCGGCUUUGGCUUCGGCGACUGCGUGAUUGCGGAGCUGCUGCAGGAAAAGCAGUUGCUGCCGGAGGCUCCACACGUCGUGGACGAUGUUGUUAUCCCGUUUGACGAGUCCAUGCGGCCGCACGCGCUUGCGGUGCUGCGCCGGCUGCGCGACGCCGGCCGCAGCGCCGACAUCAUCCUCGACAAGAAGAAGUUGGUGCAGGCCUUCAACUACGCCGACCGCGUCGGGGCGGUGCGGGCGGUGCUCGUGGCGCCCGAAGAGUGGGCACGCGGGGAGGUGCAGGUGAAGAUGCUGCGCGAGGGGGCGGGGAAGGGGGAGGGCACCACGGAGCGCGGCGCCCCCGUCCCCCUGCACAGCCUCGUCUGA